AAAUGUCAUGCGCUCGCCGAGGGCUCCUCACGUUGCUUUUGACGUCAUUGCGCCGCAGAGAACGGGAGACGGUACUGGUGAGGCGCGUCACCCCCUCAAGUCGCGUGACUUUGUGUGGACCGCACCCCUUGCACCCUUCUAGUGACGUCACUGCGUAACGGUGUUUAGCUUUCUUUUUUCUUUUAAGGCACCUUGCCGCACUUCUUGAAAUGCCACGCCACAGUGAGGUACAAACGCUUCGGUUCUCGCUGGUGACACCAUUUCUCUCGUGACACGAUAGCUCAGCCAUAUCAUUGCAGAAAGUGAUGGCCUAGGCACAGUUCUUUCGCGAGAGGAACAUGGGCAGGGCGUCCAUGGAUGAUCAUAGGAGUGGUUCGGUAACAUCUAAUGGUUUCAUUUCAGCGUGCAGUGUGAACCUCUACAAUAAACCUGUGCUGGACCUACUGCUUCUUUGAAGCGGAAGACGACUGAAGCGCACAUCAAUUAGCCGUUACCAGUGCAGUCGGUACAAAGUAAGGAAACAUGUCGAAGCAAGCGUCGGAGGAGGCACCUGCUGGACGUGGCCAGUGGGGGAGAGGAUUGGAGUUCUUCCUCUCCUGUGCUUCGAUGUCUGUCGGUCUGGGAAAUGUCUGGAGGUUUCCCAAUGCUGCGUACGCCAAUGGGGGAGGAGCCUUUUUGAUUCCUUACCUUAUACUUCUGGUCGUGAUUGGACGCCCCUUGUAUUACAUGGAAAUGGUCCUCGGUCAAUUCAGCGGCCUAGGACCCGUGAAAGUAUGGAAAGCAGUGCCAGCUAUGCGAGGUUUGGGCUAUGCACAGUUGUUUUCCAGCGCCUACGUAGCUAUCUUUUACAAUUUCUUGAUUGCCAUCGCUGUUCGCUACCUCGUGGCUUCUAUGUCUUCCACUCUUCCGUGGACGCAAUGUCAAGACAGCUGGUUUCAAGGCACGCAACCUCCUUUGUCGUGCGACAGCUUCAAUAUCUUCGGACAAAAUUCUAGCAACACAUUUUUGAGUAACGCUACCGAAUCUCCGUAUAACGAUACACUGUUGAGCCACGUGUCGAACGUGACUGAUCCUCAGAAGCGAGUCUCCGUGCCGGAGCUUUACUGGAAGUACCGUAUCGCGCACCAGUCCGAAGGCCUUUGGGACAUCCAGUGGAUGAGCUGGGAGUUGUCCUUGUGCCUGUUUUUCGUCUGGGCCUUUGUGGCCCUGAGUUUACUCAAGGGCAUCGAGACAUUAGGAAAGGUUGCAUACUUCACGGCUAUCUUCCCAUAUGUCGUUCUCAUCUCACUUCUCAUCAUCGCCUGUCUCCAAGAGGGAGCCUUCGAAGGCAUCAAGAGGUUCUUCACUCCGGAAUGGCAUAAAUUAUACGACAUACAGGUUUGGUACAAGGCAUGCGAACAGUCGUUCUUCUCCUUAGGAGUCGGCUAUGGAUCGCUCAUCAUGUAUUCAAGCUACAACGGCUUCCGGAACAACGUUUACAGGGAUGCUAUCCUGUUGAGUGUUCUGGAUACAUUCACUAGUAUCCUGGCUGGCUGCGUCGUAUUCUCUGUACUUGGAAGCCUCUCUACCAAGUUGGGUGUAGCUUUCGAGGACGUCAUCGGUGCUGGAGGAACAGACUUGGCAUAUAUCGUCUACCCGGAAGCGCUUGCCAACAUCGAAUUCGUUCCUCAGCUCUGGUCGGUUCUGUUCUUCUUUAUGCUGUUCACCUUGGGCAUCGGUAGUUCAGUUGCUAUCGUGGAAACCAUUUUGACUACGAUCCGAGACCAGUUCCCACAACUGCAGGAGCGGAAAUGGAUGCUCGUCAUACCAUGCACUACAUUCCUUUUCUUGUGUGGGCUUAGUCUUACCACAGAUGCCGGGCAGUACAUCAUGAGACUCCUGGACAACUACGGCGUCGGCACGGCAGUCUUCUUGUACGCCAUCUUAGAAAGCAUCUCUAUCAUGUGGGUUUACGGGCACAGAAGUUUCUGCCAAGACAUCGAGUUCAUGCUGGGAAUGACUGUCGGUGUCUUCUGGAAAGUGACCUGGGCUUUCACGGCUCCCAUCUUGCUUAUUGGCAUAUUCUUGUACGGCAACGUACUUCUCUUCCUGGAUGGAGGUGGAUCAGGAAAGGGCAUUCCGUGGUGGGGAAACCUCAUUGGUUGGAUGCUCGCUGUCGUCUGCCUUAUCCAGAUACCCGUGUGGAUGAUGGUGGUUGUCCGGAAGACGAAAGGAAGCUCCUUACUAGAGCGGUUGCGACAGUCCUUUAGGCCUGCCAUGGACUGGGGACCCCGGGAUCUAGAGACGCGACAACAGUGGAAGGCCAUGAAGGAUGGCCUGGAGGACAAGGGCAAACCACCACCACCGUACGCCAUAGCAGUAUCCUCAAAUGGACGGAGCAACCCCGCCUUCGAAAUGGCAGAAAGGACUUCGCUUUAGUAGGAAAAACGAUAGCGUGUAUUUUUAUGUGAAUCGGCGAAGGAUGUUGUCCCUUGGACCCAAUGCGUGGACCUACCAUACGCGGGCACACAUCAUGGCGCCGGUAGUGGAAAGACAACAACAUGCAGGCAUUACUGUGGACGAAAGAAGAAAGUCACUGAAAAGGUUAGCCAGCUGUAGGACUGGAACCCACAUCUUCUGGAUUACCGCUUCAGGGCUCUUACCAAUUGAGCUAAGCUAACACGCUGAACAUCAAUUCGCUUCAUUACUGUGGACGUUCGUGCAUCGUGGACGCCAACAGUAGAUAGGAGUACUGGGCAUGAUCAUCAUCAGUAAUGCAAGGGCACACAGGAACCUCACAAAGAAACCUGUUCUACAGUGAAAUAGUUCGUGGGCAAGAUAUGUCUCCCAUAGUGAAACCUGAGUCGGCACGACUGCGCAGGCUGUAGAACCGCGGUACACAGGUUCCUGUGACUUUUGUUCUAUGUGUUGUUGUCUGUGUGUGUUCUCUUGAUGUAUGUGUGUUUGUGCUGUCUCGGAAUGUGCACGUGUUGCUUCCCACGAUGGCCACUACUGCAGCGCAUUUCGCCAUUGUAGUGAACGAACGCCUUUGAACGCAUCAGUGUCCAACGACGCACAAAAUAGAAUCUCACUUCCGACGUCCGAACAAGAAUCUCAAUUUGACUCCAGGAGCAACAAAAGUGCAACCUGGAGCAAAGUAACUAGUUUCUUUCGCUGUCUCUCGCUCUCGUUGCGUUGAGACGUGAAUCAUCCUGGCAAAAGUUCCUUUUUGUGGAAUCACAUGGUUCAUCCUAAGUUCAUCCUGCGUCCAAUCACAGCCUGCCCCUGCAGGUACUUUCCUUCAGGCAGGGUUCCCAUAGAAGACGUAGGAUCCACAGAAGACACAGAGAAGAUGUGCUUGAGCACUUUUUGUAACUAAGUAUUUAUAAGUGAAUUUUAAGUAAAUAAGUAAUUUUUA